AUGGCCGCUUCAUCUGCGCAGAUCCCUACCAACCCGUCGCGGGACUCGGUGCACCGCAUUCGCCGAGUCACGAGAGAGAAUCGCACACUCUGGUAUCAGUUGACCGUUCUCCAGCAGCCAGAGCGAGCCAGAGCAUGCGGCUCCGGCAUGAAAGGUCAGGACGAAUCCCUCGAAAGCACCCUAGUGACUGUCGUCGUUUAUGGUCGAAUAUCCACGCGGCUCUCCCACCCGCGGGUGGAAGGCAUCCUUGGCGAAUCCGCCCCUAAUAGCGACAGACGGCCAGUUGACCCGCCACCCGUCGUGGAACUGCGCAUCAUCGAGGGCCCUUCGGCGGACGAGGGCAAGGACAUCACCUUUGACUACAAUGCCAACUUCUUCUUAUAUGCCAGCCUUGAGCAGGCCCGGACAAUGGCCCAUGGCCGAGUUCAAAACUCUGCCGCUACCAAUCCUCCUAUUCUAACCGGCGUUCCCGCCUCUGGUAUGGCGUACCUGGACCGUCCCGCCGAAGCUGGUUACUUCAUCUUCCCGGAUCUGUCUGUUCGACAUGAAGGAUACUUUCGUCUUUCGUUCAGUCUGUUCGAGACUACCAAGGAGGAAAAAGACUUUGAUGUCGAGCCCGUCCAUUCCAACCUGCCACCCGGUGUCGACUGGCGUAUGGAAAUCAAGACAAAUCCAUUCAACGUCUUCAGUGCCAAGAAGUUCCCUGGCCUGAUGGAGAGCACCCAGCUCAGCAAGACGGUUGCGGAUCAGGGAUGCCGAGUCCGAAUUCGACGCGAUGUGCGGAUGAGGAAGCGCGAUGGGAAAUCGAGUGCAUUCGAUCGACGAGAGGACGACUACCGCCGUAGGACCGUCACACCAGCCCCCGAAGACCCUCACGGCAUGCGGUCCCGAUCAAUUAGUAACUCGAGCGAGCACCGGAUCCCUUACGCACCUGACCCGCACCGACGAUCUUCUACCGCUGAUGCCUAUCAAACUCCCCAACCACAUCCGGGCUACGAGUCUGCUCCUCCGCCAGGCCGUAGCGGUCAUUUGUCCUUCGGAGAGCAUCCCACAGCGCAGUACGCCACCCCGCGACAUUAUCCCGCGCCGCCUCAGCCGAAUGGACACGCCCAACUACCACCUGCGGCACCAUAUCCUCCGCCUAGUCACGCAGCCGCUUACGUGAAGCCGGAGCAGGGCAACUACGGAUACAAUGCUCACGCGCGCAACCCGAGCUCUACGUGUUCAUCUCCCGCUCCAUCAGUCAAACACGAACUGUCCUAUGAAAAGACGUUGGGAAACUACGCAUCACACUCCCCGUCGAGAUAUUCGGACGCUUCCAGGCGGGAUUCGCAUCAUUCAUAUCCGGCUACGCCGUUACUGCCACACCCACCUCGCCGGGCGUCGCAGUCAUCCCUCGCUCCGCUCAAGAUUGCUGCUUUGGUGUCUCCCUCUCCUCUGCCUCCCAUCGAGGCCCAGACUGAGCCUCCGCCCGUGGCUCCCAUCGUUCCCACCGGAGGCAAACGAAAACACCAGGACGUCUUUAUGCAGGGUUUGCAACCAUUGCAUAAUGGACAGCGCCAGCAAGAUAUCUCUUAUGGCCGCUUCCGGCACUUCAGCCCCGAGCCUUUUCAAGGAAUAUAUUCGCGUGCCGACGGCAAAGUUGACGUGAUUCAGUUCAACCGGUACCUGUGA